AUGGAUGAGAACCAGCAAGAAAAGACGGCCGCCGUCGUGCAUCAACGCGGCAACGGCGAUGACACCCCCGUCGCCGAGGUCGAGCCCGCGCCCGUCAGCAAGAAGCAGUCCCUCUCGGAUAUUUUCACCAUCUUCUGCGCGGGCUUCGCCCUCAUCUCGGACGGCUACCAGAACAACCUCAUGACCAUGACCAACGUGCUCUUCAAGAAGGCCUUCUCCGCCGAGUACACGUCCACAGUCAGCACGCGCGUGUCCAACGCUCUGCUCGUUGGCGAGAUCAUCGGACAGGUCGUCAUCGGCCUGACGUGCGACUACAUGGGCCGCAAGACGGCCAUUGUGCUGACCACGCUGCUCAUCGUCCUGGGCGGCAUCCUGGCCACGGCCGCGCACGGCAAAACAAUUGACGGCAUGUUUUGGAUGCUGACUGUGGCUCGCGGCAUUGUCGGCUUUGGAGCUGGCGGCGAGUAUCCCGCGGCCAGCGCCUCCUCCUCCGAGGCCGCCAACGAGCACACGCCCAAGCACCGUGGCCCCGUCUUCAUCCUCGUCACCAACCUGCCCCUCUCUUUCGGCGGACCCCUCGCCGUCAUCGUCUUCCUCAUCGUGCUGUCCGCCGCCGGCGGCGCCACGGCCAACCUGUCGACCGUCUGGCGUGUCUGCAUGGGCAUCGGCGUCGUCCUGCCCCUGACCGUCUUCUACUUCCGCCUGCGCAUGCUCAACUCCAAGCUCUACCGCCGCGGCGCCAUCAAGAAGCACGUCCCCUAUAAGCUCGUGCUGCGCUACUACUGGCGCACCCUCAUCGGCACCUGCGGUGCCUGGUUCCUCUACGACUUUGUCACCUUCCCCAACGGCGUCUUCUCCGGCACCAUCAUCUCCAGCGUUGUGCCCUCUGCGGGCGAUGACGUCCUGCGUAGCACUGCCGAGUGGCAGCUGCUCCUGGGUUCCAUUGCGCUGCCGGGUGUCUUUCUCGGCGCGUACCUCUGCGAUCGCGUCGGUCGCAAGAACAUUAUGAUGCUCGGCUUCUCCGGGUACCUCGUCUUCGGGCUCAUCAUCGGCCUCUCGUACGACCGCAUCACCAAGAUCAUCCCCCUCUUCGUCGUCUUCUACGGCCUCAUGCAGAGCAGCGGCAACUUUGGUCCCGGCGACAUGCUCGGCCUCCUCUCCUCCGAGAGCUACGCGACCAGCGUGCGCGGCACCUGCUACGGCAUCAGCGCCGCCAUCGGCAAGACGGGCGCCGCGCUCGGCACCCAGGCCUUUAAGCCUAUCCAGGACAACCUGGGCAAGCGCUGGACCUUUAUCAUCGCCGCCAUCUGCGGCGUCGUAGGUGUACUGGUGACGUGGUUCUUUGUGCCCAACGUCACUGGCGAGGAUCUGGCGAUCCAGGACGAAAAGUUCCGCGUUUACCUCGUCGAAAAUGGCUGGAAUGGCGAGAUGGGAGAGGAUGACAUGCAGGGCCUGGCCGAGGACGUGCAAACCGAGCAGCUGCCUGAUGGAGACAAGGCCGUGAAGACUGCUGUCUGA